GUUAACACAUCUUUCAUCUGCGGUUAUUGGUUUCAUUCUGUUCAUUACCUACCCGUGGUUUUCACAGUGUGUUAUAACAGAGUGUAGCACGUUCGAUUUUUAAGUUCGAAUGGAUGUUUGCCUAGAAUAAUUAUGCUUAUUCAUGUGUUUUUACGGUAUGUUUGAAUCCUUGUACCUUGACCAUAGAAAGAAAUGCUAAUGAGCGUAGCGUAGUAAGGCGCUUUAAAAUGACGGCUCCAGUGAAACCUUGGGAAGUGGCAGGUGUAAAUUCUUGUGCUUUACCAGCUACUCCAGGCUUGGAAAAUGUCACGGAUUCCAGUAGGUUACAAAGUUCGGCACCAAUUCCAACUGUUCAAACAGUUCAUUCCGGCCCACCACUGAAUGUGAGAAGAGUUCGAACAGUGCCAGCCCCACCUCCUCGCCCACACAGGCCGAUACUCGGACAGAACUAUAUCCCAAAUGCCACACAGUAUUCACCAUAUGCAUCAUAUGGGAAUUAUGGACCCAGUUAUGGUGGUUAUUCAGGGUUUGGUUCAUAUGGGAAUACUUAUGGAGGCUAUGCUUCAUAUGGAAGUUAUGGGAUGAAUCGUUUUGGAUAUAAUUUGACAGGAAAUGAUCCUGAAAGCAGGUUUAUUCAGUUAGUUGAAGAAAGUUCUCGUCCAGCAUUCCAGUCGAUCGAAUCAGUUGUCCAUGCAUUUGGAUCUGUUAGCUUCAUGCUGGAAUCAACAUUUAAUGCAGUCUACAGUUCAUUUCGUGCAGUACUAGGUGUUGCAGAGAACUUUGGUCGAUUGAGGACUAUGUUUGGACAGUUCUAUUCAACAUUUGCUGUGUUGCGAAUCAUCCAGUGGUUAUAUAAAAAGUUGCUGUAUUUAAUAGGUUUGAGACAGGAAAAUCCUGUGCGUGAAGCAGUUUGGCAACAGGCAGCAGCUGGUACUUCUGAAGUGCCUGCUGGAAUAGAUUCAAAAAAUAAUCGGUCAUCAUGGCUGGUGCUUGUGUUCAUGGGUAUUAUGUUUAGUGGACCGUAUCUCGUGUGGAAACUCAUCAGUUCCCUAAGCACAUUUCAGUCAGUUAAUCCAUAUAACCCAAAGGAAUGGAAGGAAAGCAAGGAUGUCAGCUAUCCAGCAGUUGCUAUGUAUGACUUCAUGGCUGCCUCAGAAAAGGAACUCAGCUUUAAUGCAGGACAGACUAUGAUUCUGGCACCCAAAGAACUACAACCUAGGGAUGUAAGGGGUUGGCUACUAGCUACUGUUGAUGGCAACAGAGUUGGAUAUGUUCCAUACAAUUACAUCAGAGUCUUACCUGCCACAAGACAGGUAGCUGGUCAGAGUACUCGAAGCAUCCCAGUUCCUGUAGAGAAUUCAAGGGUUGAUUCAUAUCAAGCACCAGCUACAGCUGCUCCAAUGGAAACAUUGACUACCUCAUGUCCAGAUCACGUUCCCCAGGAUGUGUUGACCUCCUCAGUGCAAGCGGCAUGGGCUCCCCCAAGAGACCAGCCCACUCCAGUGGUGAUUGUGAACCCUACAGACACAUGUAAUUCUCACAAGGCAACAUAAGAAAGAACACUUCUUGUAUUACAGUUAGAAAGGAAUAAUUUCUUUUUUACCAGUUAAGUGAUUAAGCAGUUACCUUCUUCCAGUUCCUUUCUGUUUCCAUAUUAGGUUAGAGUUUGUUGCAUAUGUAUCUGUAAAAAAUACUAUACAUGUUUAAUAAUUAACAUAUUCUGAUUCUUAAGCACUACUUGUCCAGAAAGUGUGUAGGGAAGUAUAAUUUACAAGUGCUGAUCUAUACAGUUCAGUAAACCUUCUUGAGUCACGGGGCAAUUGAAUAAUUUGGAAACAUGACAUAGGUUUGGAUUUUCUUAUAUAAAAUUCUUCUUCCAAGGCUCAGAUUAUGUACUGAUAAUUAGAAUAUGUUCGUUGGAGUAGCUUUGAGAAAGGAUUAAAGCUCUUCAUUUUGAAGCCAGUCUUUCCUUGUAAUUUGUGGUGGUUCUGCAGUCUAAUGUAUCAGAUAAUAUGGGGCAUGAAAAUUUCAUGAAUCUGGCAUUGAAAAUGUUUAAUUAUAUCGUAGACCAUGUUUGAAAUGAUGCAGAGUAGCUACAGCUUGCAGAUCAUUCCCUACUAUACCCAUGGAUUGCAUGAUAGGCAUUUCAGAGCUAUUUGAAAGUAGGAAUUAAAAAUUAAAUAUACUCCAUUUUUUCCCUCUUUUAGCUAGUAAUUGUAAACAUGUUUAAAAUAGUUUAAAAUUUAAAUAUUAUUAGGAGUAACAUAUCUCUCAAGAGAACUGGAUCAGGAACAAGCAAUUCAAAGUUCCAUUACAGCUUCAUCUGCCUAGAACAUAACCCAUCAGGAUUUCCUAUGCAAUAGAUUAACAAAGUAAAAACUGUCAUGAAGAUAUCUAAUUAAUGAAAUGAGAAAAAUUUACGACUGUUAUAACUUGCUGGUGGAUUAUGUGCAGUUCACAUGACUAUAUGUGUGAGAGAGUACAAUAUUAGUGAGAUAAGAAUUCAGUAAAUUAAUGUAAAGUACUUUGUGUUUGCAUCUUGAAGGCAGAUAGUACAGCACACAGGAAUCUUGGGUAUAUAAAUCUUCACACAGGCAACAUGGUAUUUUAAUGUACUGUCUUCAGAAGACUAAUAUUAUUGUUAUUUGUAGGAUAUGGAACUAGGGAUUUUUAUAAGUGUAAUUACUGUGUUCGUAUGAAUUUAUGUUAAAUAUAUUAAAGUGGGAUUCCAACAGUUACAUCA